GCCGAAUAAUCUAUAACGUAUGUCGCGCCUCAACUACCGUUUUAUAUAAAACCCCUUGUAAGUGAAUCCGACGCAUAAAUUGUUAGGUCGUCUGAGAGGCGAGUGUUGUAUUUUUAAUUGCCAAAGAGGCUGCGAAGUUCGCAAUAAUCAUUAGAAAAAUGGCGAGCUUCGCUUUAAUAGUUAUCCUUAGCGUAAUUGGCUUUAUAUCGGCCUAUCCUAGUCCUGAAGGUUACAGUUCUGCCUUCAACUUUCCAUUCGUAACCAAGGAGCAGUGGGGCGGCAGGGAGGCACGCACGUCGACGCCACUCAACCACCCAGUGCAGUUCGUGGUGAUCCACCACAGUUACAUUCCCGGCGUGUGCCUCAGCCGGGACGAGUGCGCGCGCAGCAUGCGCUCCAUGCAGAACUUCCACAUGAACAGUAACGGGUGGAGUGAUAUUGGAUACAACUUCGCUGUCGGCGGUGAAGGGUCGGUGUACGAGGGCCGCGGCUGGGACGCGGUCGGCGCACACGCAGCUGGCUAUAACAGUAACAGUAUCGGCAUCGUGCUCAUCGGCGAUUUUGUUUCAAACCUCCCGCCGGCGGUGCAAAUGCAAACCACACAAGAAUUGAUCGCAGCGGGCGUGCGACUCGGUUACAUCAGGCCCAACUACAUGCUCAUCGGGCAUCGUCAGGUCUCCGCCACUGAGUGCCCAGGAACCAGACUCUUCAACGAAAUCACCAACUGGAACAACUUCGUGAGGAGCGAACAUCCAUUCCCGUUCUGCUCAAGGGAAUGUUGGAAAGGCUCUCCGCCUACCGACACUAGACCGAUUACCAAGCCAGUGCCGUACGUGGUUAUACACCACACAGCCAUCCCUGGCGCGUGCAACACCUCCUCACAAUGCAUGCAGGAUAUGCGGAGCAUGCAGAACUAUCACAACAGCAUGGGAUGGGGUGAUAUAGGAUACCAUUUCUGCGUGGGCAGCGAAGGCGUGGCGUACCAGGGUCGCGGAUGGAAUGUCAUCGGAAUCCAUGCCAUACAGGCAAACAACUACAGCAUUGGUAUCUGCUUGAUCGGGGAUUGGAGAUAUGAAGCCCCACCGGCCGUCCAGUUGGCAACAACAAAAGCGCUCAUAAAGGAAGGAGUAAGACAGGGUGUCCUCAGUCCAACGUAUAAAGUUAUUGGCCAUAACCAAGUAAUGGCUACUGAGUGCCCCGGCACAGCCCUCUACCAACACAUCUCCACUUGGGACAACUUCCAACCAGGAACAGUGGAUUUUACAAAAUAUUUCGACAAAAUUAAAAAGACAUAAACCUGAAA